CAUUAUUUUCCUAUACACUUGUUUUCACUUUACAACUCGAGUUAAGCAAAUACUACACUGUCCUCUUGUUUAUAGUACUUUAUGUUAUCCUCCUAGUAGGAUAUAUCUCAUAUAAACUUAUACGCGCCUUAUUCUAUAUACAUAUUUUAUUGCUGGUUUCUUUUAUUAUUGUUAUUAUUACUUGACAAGUAAGAUAUCACCAUAUGCACAAUAAUUCCAGUCACUCCCCGAGAAAAAACAGUACACAACCGUGGAUGUUGUCUUCGCCAGCCUCCCCCACACAACAACAACAACAGCAGCAGCAGCAGCAACAACAACAACAACAACAACAACAACAACAGCGUCAAUUGCACCAUGAAGAUCGUUCAAUUUCACCGCCAAUACAAAUGCUUGACUCAGACUACUCCAAAUCUCAACAUAAGAACAAUACACGAUCUGUCAUUCCCUCCAAAAGAGCGGCACAAAACCGAGCAGCACAAAAGGCAUUUAGACAAAGAAGAGAACAAUACAUUAAAGAUUUGGAACUCAAGGCAAAAGAAAUGGAAGAUUGGCAAGAGGAAAUGGAUAAAUUAAGACGAGAGAAUGGAGAAUUACGCGAGAAAAUAGUUAUGCUAGAGAAUCAAGUAGCCAUUUUGACAGGCGGAGAUGCUACUAAAAUACCUGAAGUAGGUACGAAAAAAUCAGAUACUCCUCCAAAAGACAGUGAAAAGCAAAAUCCAUCUACAAUACCUGCAAAACAUUCAUUGCAUGAACCAUUAGAGCAUGGGACAACUGAAGACAGUCGUAGAAAGAGUCAAGAGGGAUCAUUUGCACCCAUACCAUUAAGAGCACCACAUCAUACAGGGUAUGAAUCUCAACCAUACCAUUCAAAUAAGCAGGACACUGAAACUACUCUAACUGGAAAUGAUACCACAUCUGAUGAGAACAAUAAAAGACGCAAAACAUUAGAAAAUCCCCUCUUGAAUCCAACACAACAAAUCGGUCAGGCACCAAAUCCCAUCACAAACCAUCCACCUAUUAUACUACAACCACAGCAAGAGAUAUCUAGCUUACAGCAUUCUUUUUGGAAUCAGAGCAAUACAAAUACUAUACCAGAUCUAGCUGGUAUGCCUCCUCCUUCCGCUAUGGGUGAUUUUGAUCUUGAUUUUGAUUUCGAUCCCUUUUUUGAAGAAGAGUUUGGGCCAACGCUCACAAAUACAAAUGACUUUUUGCCUAAUGCGAAUAGUGGCCAAGUAUUAGAUGACCUGUUUGCUAUGCUUCAAACAAGACAAAGACCUCAAAUUCCUAUGGUACCCGCCGAAGAUAAUUCUGAAUUAGUGGGUUUAAAUGAGAACUUAGGAAAAUCUGUAUAAAAUAACAAUAAUAAUCUAUCUCUUUUUGUCUAAACCAUUUUAUCUUUGUAAUUAUAUUUCAAGAAACUUAAGAUUCUAUAUUAUUUUGUAGAAUAAAAAAAAAACUUUGGCGA